AUGGUAGAUACGCAUGAGGGAUUCUUUCAAGCUGAGCCUGGCCAUGGCAAGGGGUUGGCCGUCAUUCGUGAAUGCCAAUGGGACCAUUGCUUCAUCCUGCUGCUGGAAAGGAUGAAGAGGAAUGAGUGCCACAUUGUCAUUCUUCUUUGGGUGGGCAUCAAGCGACGGAAUUGCCGAAACACAUCAUCUUGCUACAAGGACAUGCACGGGAUACUUACUGACGCUACAUCAGAGGCUUUCGUGGGUGCGGUCAUACGUGGCGCUUUAAAAGAAUCGGCGAUUCAAAUAGAUGUGUUCUUGGUUACAUUGGGGAGCGAAGAUUUCCAACACGUCUUUGGCAGGCUUGUUAUAUUUCAUUCGGUGAGUUUAUAUUGUGUAAAUUAG